CUGAAUAGAUAGCCUUGAUGUAGAUGUAAAUAUAGAAACCUGAUUGACAGAUCAGCUGACCAAUAGGAGCGGCCAAAUGGGGGAGUUGAACGCCGAAGGCGGGGCUUCAAGACCCAAACAGGAAGCAAACACGGCUGGAGAGGGGAAGACAAAAGUCUGCAGAGCUUUGGGGAGUUUUUAUGUGAUGUCGCAUUUACGUGUUAAUAAGGUUAAGGAUGUUUUCAAGGGCUCACACAGGGCUGCCUUUAUUUCUGCUUUGCCUUCUGGACCUGUGUAUAUUUGCAAAAGGGAAAUUAAAUGUGCUGUACAUAAUAGCUGAUGAUUUGAGACCCUCUCUGGGUUGCUACUCUGAUCCAGUGGUAAAAUCACCCAAUAUUGAUCAACUUGCCUCUAAAAGCACCGUGUUCUACAACGCCUUUGCACAGCAAGCAGUAUGUGGCCCAAGCAGGACGUCUUUCCUUACAAGUCGAAGGCCAGACACCACCAGACUGUACGACUUCAACUCCUACUGGAGAGUCAGCGCAGGCAACUACACCACGCUGCCGCAGUAUUUCAAAUCCAACGGCUACACAUCGUUGUCUGUGGGGAAGGUCUUCCAUCCAGGCAUCGCCUCCAAUCACACGGAUGAUUACCCAUACAGCUGGUCUGUACCACCGUAUCAUCCACCCUCUUUCAGCUUUGAAAACAAGAAGGUCUGCAAGAACAAAGACGGCACGCUUCACAGUAACUUGCUGUGCUCGGUGAACGUUUCUGACAUGCCUUUGAGAACUCUGCCUGACCUGGAGAACACAGCAGAGGCUAUAAGACUGCUCAAAGCUGUGAAAGGUACAGAAAGUCCUUUCUUCCUAGCAGUGGGUUUCUACAAACCUCACAUUCCCUUCAGGAUCCCGGUGGAAUACCUCAAGCUGUAUCCCAUUGAGAACAUGACACUGGCUCCAGACCCAGAUGUUCCUAAGAAGCUUCCAGAAGUAGCCUACAACCCCUGGACUGACAUCCGGAAGAGAGAGGAUGUCCAGGCUCUGAAUAUCAGUUUCCCGUAUGGACCAAUCCCUAAAGAUUUUCAGCUGCGUAUUCGGCAGCACUAUUUUGCAGCCGUAUCGUAUGUGGAUGCCCAGGUCGGGAAGAUCCUGCAGGCCCUCGAUGAUCUGGACCUGGCCAAGGAAACCAUUGUGGUGUUCACCUCAGACCAUGGCUGGUCCCUCGGCGAACACGGCGAAUGGGCCAAAUACAGCAACUUUGACGUAGCCACCCGUGUGCCGUUAAUAGUCUACGCUCCUGGUGUGACCUCACCCCUGCCUUGGCCCGGGGAGAAAACGUUCUCCUAUGUAAACGUGUUUGAAAGCACACAGGAGCAGUUUGACGAAGGCUAUCUGGUGCGCAGCAUGGUGGAGUUAGUCGAUGUUUUCCCCACUGUGGCGUCUCUGGCCGGCCUCGCCUCCGUUCACCACUGCCCGUUCCCUUCCUUUAAGACCGACCUGUGCACAGAGGGUUCGAACCUUGCACGUCUCCUCGGGCUCCACGAGCAAGUCGCCGACCACGAAGCGUACGCCUUCAGCCAGUACCCUCGCCCGAACGACACUAUCCGAGAUGACUCGGACCUGCCUUCGCUCGCUAAUAUCACCGUAAUGGGCUACUCUGUGCGCUCCACUGAUUUUCGCUUCACCCAGUGGGUGGGUUUCGACUCCUCUCGCUUCCGUGCCAAUCUGACCGACGUGCACGCCGGUGAGCUGUACAUCCUCUCGCAGGACCCAAAUGAGGACAACAACAUCUACUACGAACAGGAUCACGCCAAAGCGUCGACGCUGAAACUCGGUACGCGGCACCCGUGGACGGAAAGUCUCAAAGAGCACGUGACGUACCUUAGAGAGGCUUUGAGAAGGAAAACGGAUCCUGUGAUCACUUUUUAAAUAUUCACGGCUGACGAAUUUGUAUAGUAACAAUUUACAUAGUUGCUGCUCUGAGAAAGGGAAGGGAAAAAAAAAACGUCUUAAACUUACAUAUUUUGUUGAGGGAACGUGAACACGUGGCCGGUAAAUAAUCGUGUUGAACGGAGAUGGAAAUGUAACACAAAAAGGAGAAAUGUAUUUCAUUUUAACAGUCAACGAUAAAGAUUUAAUGCUUGAUGAGGUCUUUAAAACUGAGACCUGUGCAGAUUUUAGCAGGGUCGCAAAACACCGAUGAAAAACAUACUUAAAUCUACAACCUCAUGUCGUACUGUCCUGCGGCAGAGUUACCACGGAAAUACAGCGGAGAGGUUUAAAUGUUUAAACUCGCAGAUUACGUUACUCAGGUGCACCUCAGAGAAUAGUUUAACAGUGAUGAAUGUUUUGUGUGAUGUCAAGAUAAGGGAAAUGAUUCUUCACACCUAGCAUGCCUUCACCCAGCACACAGUGUUUUCAAGACCACCUUGCGCAUUUUAUUUUUUCAGAUUUUGUUUGUCUUCUUGUUCUGAAAGCUUGUUAAUUGCAACACCGUUCACGCCCACGGUGCAUACAAUUUUAUUUCGGAAUACGAAUAUCAUGUAAAUAUUCAUUCAUGUGGAAGCCAAUAAAAAUGUCUAUUUUUCAACCCGAACAAAACGCAAAAGCGAAAGUGUCUCCGUGUGUGUCUGUCCCUCCCCCCCCCCAGACGCAUUUUUAUAAAUGUGCAGCAGGAGCGUGCUGCUGAGGGUAAUCCUCAGGGAGUGUCGACGCAUUUGGCGCCAGCAAACAGUCUUCGUUGCCAGCUGCUUUCUUUUUCACUGCUUUCGUCUAAAAAGCAAGGUUCGCGCGGUCGGAUACGGAUCCCCAUGCUGAUUGAAGCUGAUAUAUAAACUCCACGCACCAAAUUAGCAUUUGUGUCCCGUACGCUUGCUAUACAAGGCUUUAAUUUAUUCCUUUUAAGCAAGAAAUAUGGGUUUAAUUUUGUAUUGUGUUUUCAGGAAUAAUUACUCAUUUAAAAUAGCCACGGUUUUCCUCCAUUGGAAACGAUUACAAAAAGUGUUCCGUGUAUUUUUAUUUACGAGCACUGCUGUUAUCCACUUGUCAUGUUCUCUCAUGUAAAUGGGAUUAUGCUGAAGAAGACAAACACUCUGUGAGAGAGAGAGAGAGAGAGAGAGAGAGAGAGA